AUGUUGCUCCGCUGCUCGAACCCUCCCUCUUGGUCCACCUGUAGGUUUUUCUUCAGCUUUUUGUUGCUGCUCCAAUCGCCCCGGUCCUCCUCUCCGCUAAUUACAGGUACUGAGGCAAGCUGUGACAACGAAGGAGAAGUCCUCCACAUCCCCAACAUCACCGACAACCCCUGCAUCACCUGCGUAUGUCUGGAGGGCAAGGCAGACUGUAAACAGGAAAAAUGUCCACUGGUUUCUGAGGACUGUGCUCUGGUGGUGAAACAGACUGGAGCGUGCUGUGAGAGGUGCAAAGGUUGCAUGUUGGAUGGACGAUCUUAUAACAGCUCAGUUUCCUGGACCAGCUCCACCAAACCCUGCAUAACCAGACGCUGUCAGGAAGGUGUCAUCACUGAGGCGGAGGCACGGUGUGUCGUUCACUGCAAGAACCCCAAAAUCCACCCCAAGAAGUGCUGUCCCACCUGCCCCAGUUGUAUCUUUGAGGGUCGCCUGUACAAAGAGAAGGAUGAGUUCAGUCCGGAGGGCAAACCCUGCAUCAAGUGCACCUGCACUGGAGGGCGGACUCUCUGCAUGAGGGAGGUGUGUCCUGUCCUUUCCUGCCCUGCCCACCUCAGCCACACCCCGCCUGGACAGUGCUGUCCCAGAUGUCUCGGUCAGAGGAAGGUGUUUGAUCUGUCUUUAGGAAGCUGUCUGUUCCACAGCGAAGUUUACGAGAAUGGCACUUGCUUCAUGCACGACAACUGCACCGCCUGCACCUGCAAGGAUUCCACCGUGGUGUGCAAGAGGCAGUGCUCUCGGCCGGGGAGCUGCCACGGCGAUCAGUGCUGCGAGGAAUGUCUGUCCUAUGUGAAGGUGGAGGAAGUGAAGUACUGCAGAGUCCGGAACAAGAUCUACAGGGAAGGGGACAUGUGGUCGUCAGUUAACUGCACUCUCUGUGCGUGUGUUAAAGGAAGCGUCGAAUGUCGGCCCAAGCAGUGUGUACCAAUCACAAGCUGCCCCUCGAAUAAGAUCUUGAACAGGACCGGCUGCUGUCCAGUUUGCACUGAAAAGCCAGGUGUAUGUACAGUCUUUGGCGACCCUCACUACAACACCUUCGACGGCAGGACCUUUAACUUUCAGGGAACCUGUCAGUACGUACUGACUCGUGAUUGUGACGGCACCCCCUCUGGAGGACCAGGAAAUAACGUAAACAUCAACAUCCCAGACUCCAGCUUCAUGGUGUUGGUGAAGAACGACGCCCGGCGGACUCGUUCCUUCUCCUGGACGCAGUCUGUUGAGAUUAGGCUGGGAGGUUUGAUCCUUAGCCUCCACCAGCACCUAACAGUCCGGAGGAAUGGCACCCGCAUCGCGCUGCCCUACCACGGCCCCGGGGUGCAUAUUGACCUGGACGGAUACCUGCUCAAACUCACCACCAUCGCAGGUCUGGAGAUCACGUGGGACGGUGACAGUUUUGUGGAGGUUGUGGCUGCUCCCCACCUGCGUGGACGCCUCUGUGGUCUUUGCGGCAACUACAACGGCCACAAGCGUGACGACACCAUGGGAGGUGACGGGCAGUACAAGUUUGAUGUGGACGAGUUUGCAGAGUCGUGGCGGGUCGAGGGAAACGAAGUUUGCACUCAGCAGCCUCCUCCUCGCCGGCCGACAUCCAUCCUGUGCCCUGGCAGUGUCAAAGUCAAGUUCCGCGCCCACAGGGAGUGCCAGAAGAUAAAAUCAUGGGAGUUUCAGAAGUGCCACCGUGUGGUUGACUUCGCCCCUUUCUACAGGUCGUGUGUGACGGACAUGUGUGAGUGUCCAGUCCAUAAAAACUGCUACUGUGAGUCCUUCAUCGCCUACAGCCGAGCCUGCGAGAGGGAAGGAGUGCCCGUCCUCUGGAGGCCCGACACCGCCUGUAUGGCCACUCAGUGUAAACACGGCGCUGUGUACGACACAUGCGGACCGGGCUGCACCAAAAGCUGCGACAACUGGAACGAGAUCGGACCGUGCACUAAACCCUGUGUGGCCGGCUGCCACUGCCCCGCCAACCUGGUGCUGUUCCAGGGACGCUGCAUCAAACCCAUAGCCUGCCCGGGACGGUGACCCUUGUGACCCAGGUGGGAUGGGGAGGGGUUAGGUUAGGGAUGGUCAUUUAUAGGAUCACAAUUAGAGGGCCAAACAAAACGAGAAGAGUUUGGGAGGACACAAAGGACACAAGUCGACAGAUCAGAUGCGACAAGGUACUCAGGGUCCAUAUCUUCGCAAGCGUUGCAGUGACUUAUACGUUAGAGAUACAAGCAGUGGUGACGGACUGAAGGGAAACUUAAUGGAUGGGAGGCUGAUCCCCGCCUCCACAUUCAACUUCUGACUUCCUUGUGCCUCUUGUAAUGCAAUCACAAUACCAGUCACCACCGCAGGAGGCGCCAGUUUCAGUUUUGUAGAAGAAGAACUGAACUGAACUGAAAGAAAAAACUCAGGGGCCCUCAUUAGAGAUUUUGCAGGCUCCACCAUCUGAGGAACGUUUGUCCGUGCUGCCGUGGACCUUCAGGAAACAGUUUGGCCCAGUGGACUCCUGUUUGAGCCAACAAGGCGCCGAGAUUUCUCUCACAAACACUCUGAAGUGGGAAACUGAGCAUCUGCUUUUGGAAUAAGGAGAUUCAAAGCAGAAAAACUCUCUGAUGCUUCAUAUCAAACUGCCCUCGAAGUCUCUAUUCCAUCAUUUCAUACUGUAAGCUAGCCAGAUUUAUAUGAAAGACAGACAGCUUUUAUAUUAUUAUUGUUCUAAUUAUUAUUAUUAUUAUUAUUUGUUGUUGAUGUUGUUAAUUUAUAUAUCGGUCAAAUGACAUGUCGUAGCAAGAGCCAGAAUCAUGAAUAUAAUUGCGUUAUAAAUGAUUUAAAGGGAAACAAAAGCUAUUUAUGUAUUUGUUGUGUACUUUUGUGUUAAUGUUUGAAGAGAAAUGCCCAAAUGUGACUCAGUUGUUGCACCAUCGCAGGGAAAAAGUACUGUAUUGUGUUAUGCUCCAUGUACAGGUUGUUGUGGUUCGUA